AUGUAUCGGUACAAAGAUGCAGCCAAGGACAUCAAGAGCCUCAGUGCAUUUGCAAUGCACAAGUUCAAAGAACUUCGUGGACAUCGUGUGCCCGAACCACCAACUGCACUCGAGAAUUUCUAUGAGCACGUGAAGGAACGCGCUGCUGAUAUUUUGGAUGACAGCCAAGCACUGACGGUAAUUGGUGUCGGCGGUCUGAUCGCUAUUGUUGCUGCUACAAUUUAUGCGAAUGCAAGGAGGAAGCAACACGUCGAAAGCAAUAAGCCGAAGACCAACUGA